CUCUCACAAUCCUGAUACCACCAAUAUUGCCUCGAAGUGUUCCUCGCGGCAGAUUGAGUGGACGAUUAUCCCAAUCAGUCAAUCAAUAUCAGCCAACGUCAACCAACGUCAAACAAGGGAAAAAAAAAAGAAGAACAAAAUGUUCGAGGACUUCUCCUUCUCCUCGCCCUCCUCGACGAGGCCCCCUCGUCUCGCCAUCGACAGCGACGACCGCCUCAUGGUCGACUGCGACACCACCCUCAUCUCGCCCAUGUCCUCGCGCUGUCCCUCCCCGCGCACCUGCAACCCCCCCGCAACAGCCUCACAUCGCUUCCCGCGGAGUCUGUCGCGCGCCCGCUCCCUCCAAUUCCACCGUUCCCCGCAACAGGCGCCCACCUCCGUCCCCCUCUCCGCCUACGAGAACUUCCUCCACAACAAGCGCCUCUCCAUCACCACCCUGACCCAAAAGCUUCACGAACACUCCCUCCACUCCCAGUCAACCUCCCCCUCCCCGCGCCCCGCCGACUGCCCCAUGGACACCCCGCCCCAGUCCGCAACCUCCGACUCCUUCCCCGGCUACGUGCUCACCCCCCCGGACACCGAACACGGCGACAACACCGACGACGAUCUCGACGAGGGCUUCUUCGACUCCUUCCCACCCCCCGGCGCACAACGCCCUCCCUCCCCAUCUUCCUCCCCCUUCCUCAGCCCCACCUCCGCCCCAGCCGCAGACUCCAUCCUCCUCCCCCCAGUCGACCCCCAGCCCGCCGGGAGUGACCACCCCCAACCGGCACCCGACAGCUGGUCCAUCCGCUCCCAAAGACAACACAUCUCCCGCAUGCAAUGCAACCCUUCCACAAUCGACGCCAUGCGCCGCGCCGUCCUAACCGAGCCGUCCCCCUCCUACUUCCCCCCCACCUGGUCCUUCCCAGACACCACCACCACUACCAUAAACACCAACAUAAACACCAACACCCUCAACGACGACUGCCACCCGAGCUCCCUCCCCCCGCAACAAUCCCCCCGUCGCCGCGCCUCCACCCUCCACCGCCACACCAGCCGCUUCCGCCCCUCCCCGCCAUCAACAGCGUCCGAAUCCUGCGACUCCUCCUCCUCCCGCAACAGGCGCAAAAGCAGCCCCAUCUCGGCGCUCGCAGCGCAGUCCCACGGCGGAAGCCGCAUCGAGAAGAACUACCACCAUGCCUCGUCGGCGGAGAUGCGCAAGAAGAGUGAGCAGGGGUUGAGGAGGAAGAGUCUUGUUAGUGCGGCGUUGGCGUCUAUGGUGGAGAAUAUGCCGAUUGAGUAGAUUCUCUUACUGUAUUUUUUCUGGUUUCGUGGAUGGUGGAGAGUGUGGUGUGAGUGUGCUUUUCUCUUCGAUGUAUAUACCUAUCUUGGCAGAGAUACCCCUGGGAUUAUUUUCGUGGAUUGUUUGUAUUAGUAUAGUUACCUACCCGACCUACUUUAGUAUAUAGUCACCUAGUAUAUAGUGGUUGUGAUAUCU